AUGCCGCGACUCGAUACGGACGUAAAACUUGAUUUUAAAGACGUUCUGUUCAGACCCAAAAGAAGUACCAUUGCUAGUCGGGCAGACGUUGAUUUGACCAGAGAAUAUAUCUUUAGAAAUUCUAAAAUGAAAUAUGAAGGGGUUCCAGUUAUGGCCUCCAAUAUGGACACUGUUGGGACCUUUGAAGUUGCAAAGGUGCUAUCUAAGUUCAAAGUCUUCACUGCUGUACACAAGUAUUAUUCUGUCGAAGAAUGGAAAGACUUUGCUGCUAAAAACCCAAGUGCCUUGCCUCACGUAGCAGUCAGUUCAGGCAUGAAGGAUAGUGACCUGGAGAAGUUGAAACAAAUUAUAAAAGCUGUCCCUGAGCUAAUGUACAUCUGCCUCGAUGUUGCUAAUGGCUACUCUGAACAUUUUGUUAAAUUUGUUAGGAAUGUUCGUGAACAGUUUCCUGGCCAUACCAUCAUGGCAGGAAACGUAGUAACCUGUGAAAUGGUGGAAGAAUUGAUAAUUUCAGGAGCUGACAUCAUCAAAAUCGGGAUCGGUCCGGGGUCCGUUUGCACCACCAGGAAGAAAACUGGGGUGGGGUAUCCUCAGUUGAGUGCCGUUCUGGAGUGCGCCGAUGCUGCCCACGGAUUGGGAGGGCAUAUUAUUUCUGAUGGUGGCUGUACAUGCCCUGGUGACGUAUCAAAGGCUUUUGGGGCUGGGGCAGAUUUUGUAAUGUUAGGAGGAAUGUUGGCAGGGCAUGAUGAAUCCGGAGGUGAACUUGUCACCAAGGGCAAGAAAAAAUUUAAACAAUUUUAUGGAAUGGCUUCAAAAGUUGCUAUGAAUAAGUAUAGUGAGAAUAAGGAUUUACUGGAUUACAGGGCCUCAGAGGGCAAGGUCGUAGAAAUAGAGUAUAGGGGACCCAUAGAGAAGACCCUUAUCGAUAUUUUGGGUGGGGUGAGAUCCACCUGCACUUACGUUGGGGCUUCUAAAUUGAAAGAACUGAGCAAGCGUACUACAUUUAUUAGGGUGACCCAACAGCUGAAUGAAGUAUUUACACCAUUCAACAAACCAGAGGACCAGUGA